AUGCCUACACCACUAGACAAUGCCAUGAGAUCCAGGAAUGCGGUACUUGCAUUCGGUGGCUUAGUCACAGCCGUGGCUGUGUGGGCCAUCUACGGCGGCGACAUGUUCCCCGCGGGACCAGAUCCCACAGGCAACCCUGAAGACUGGACCAGGGAGGAGAUGAGAAGAUGGCUCGCGGCGCGAAACCUGUUCCCACAAGACAACGAUACGAGGGAGGAAUUGCUGGCUAGAGUGUUGGCCAACAUGAGAGCCCCGAGACGGUGA